ACGUAUGCGCAUUCUCUUUUUGAACUGCUACCACCUGUAAGUGGGCUUUUACUGCGAAGGGUGGAGGUGAAGAGACUCUUGUACUUCCGGUCCUGAGCAGCGCUCUUGCACACUCGGACCGAGUUACAUUGAAGAUGAGCUCGAUCGGGACCGGGUAUGACCUGUCGGCCUCCACCUUCUCCCCGGAUGGCCGGGUCUUCCAGGUGGAGUAUGCCAUGAAAGCCGUGGAGAACAGCAGUACGGCCAUUGGGAUUCGCUGUAAGGACGGCAUUGUGUUUGGAGUGGAGAAGCUGGUUCUGUCCAAGCUGUACGAAGAGGGGUCCAACAAACGCAUCUUCAACAUUGACAGACAUGUUGGCAUGGCGGUGGCUGGUUUGCUGGCUGAUGCUCGCUCACUUGCUGAAGUCGCUCGAGAAGAAGCAUCGAACUUCAGGGUGAACUACGGACACGACAUUCCUCUGAAGCACCUCUCCGACCGGGUGGCCAUGUACGUGCACGCCUACACGCUAUACAGCGCUGUCAGACCAUUCGGCUGCAGUUUUAUCCUCGGCUCGUACGACAAAGACGACGGUCCUCAGCUCUACAUGGUCGACCCAUCAGGCAUCUCAUACGGUUAUUGGGGCUGUGCGAUUGGAAAAGCAAAACAAGCAGCCAAGACGGAGAUCGAGAAGCUUCAGAUGAAGGAGAUGACGUGCAGGGAGCUGGUUAAAGAAGUGGCUAAAAUAAUCUACAUCGUCCACGACGAGGUGAAGGACAAAGCCUUCGAGCUGGAGCUCAGCUGGGUCGGAGAAGUCACAAACGGCCGACACGAGUUGGUACCCAAAGACGUGAGGGAGGAGGCCGAGAAAUACGCCAAGGACUCUCUGGAGGAGGAAGACGACUCUGACGAAGACAACAUGUGAGCUCCUCCUGCUGCUGCGCCUCCUUUUUAUAUUUUAUAGAUCACUCUUUAUGUCCAAUGUUUUCAUUUGGUGUGGAAAUAAAAAUUGUUCAGGUUAUCGUG